GCCCGCCCGCUCGGAGCCGCGCCCGCCGCAGGCUGCGCCCGCCAGCCCCGCCCCGCCCCGCCCCGCCCCGCCCCCCGCCGCUCGUCCCCGCCGCGGCCGCGCCGCCUGCAGCAACACCAGCUGCUCCUCCCCGGCGGCCGCCCCCCGCGGGUCCCUCCCUGGCUGCGGGAGAGACGGAGGUAGAGGGAGGACACAGAGCCGCGCCGCCCGCACCGGAGACCUUCGCCUCGCCCCGCCGGUUCCUCACCCUCGGGGAGCAACAUGGAUAAUCUCAGUGAUACCUUGAAGAAGCUGAAGAUAACAGCUGUUGACAAGACUGAGGAUAGUUUAGAAGGAUGCUUGGAUUGUCUGCUUCAAGCCCUGGCUCAAAAUAAUACGGAAACAAGUGAAAAAAUCCAAGCAAGUGGAAUACUUCAGCUGUUUGCAAGUCUGUUGACUCCACAGUCUUCCUGCAAAGCCAAAGUAGCUAACAUCAUAGCAGAAGUAGCCAAAAAUGAGUUUAUGCGAAUUCCAUGUGUGGAUGCUGGAUUGAUUUCACCACUGGUGCAGCUGCUAAAUAGCAAAGACCAGGAAGUGCUGCUUCAAACGGGCAGGGCUCUAGGAAACAUAUGUUACGAUAGCCAUGAGGGCAGAAGUGCAGUUGACCAAGCAGGUGGUGCACAGAUUGUAAUUGACCAUUUAAGGUCACUGUGCAGUAUAACAGAUCCCGCCAAUGAGAAGCUCUUGACUGUCUUUUGUGGCAUGCUGAUGAACUAUAGCAAUGAGAAUGAUUCGCUUCAAGCUCAGCUUAUCAAUAUGGGUGUUAUUCCUACCUUAGUGAAAUUACUGGGCAUCCACUGCCAAAAUGCAGCUCUUACAGAAAUGUGUCUUGUUGCAUUUGGUAAUUUAGCAGAACUUGAGUCAAGUAAAGAACAGUUUGCCAGUACAAACAUUGCUGAAGAGCUAGUAAAACUCUUCAAGAAACAAAUAGAACAUGAUAAGAGAGAAAUGAUUUUUGAAGUUCUUGCUCCAUUGGCAGAAAAUGAUGCUAUUAAACUACAGCUGGUUGAAGCAGGCCUAGUAGAGUGUCUACUAGAGAUUGUUCAGCAAAAAGUGGAUAGUGACAAAGAAGAUGAUAUUACGGAGCUCAAAACUGGUUCAGAUCUCAUGGUUUUAUUACUUCUUGGAGAUGAAUCCAUGCAGAAGUUAUUUGAAGGAGGAAAAGGUGGUGUAUUUCAAAGGGUACUCUCUUGGAUUCCAUCAAAUAACCACCAGCUACAGCUUGCUGGAGCAUUGGCAAUUGCAAAUUUUGCCAGAAAUGAUGGAAAUUGUAUUCAUAUGGUAGACAAUGGGAUUGUAGAAAAACUUAUGGAUUUACUGGACAGACAUGUAGAAGAUGGAAAUGUAACAGUACAGCAUGCAGCACUAAGUGCCCUCAGAAACCUGGCCAUUCCAGUUAUAAAUAAAGCAAAGAUGUUAUCAGCUGGGGUCACAGAGGCAGUUUUGAAAUUUCUUAAAUCUGAAAUGCCUCCUGUUCAGUUCAAACUUCUGGGAACAUUAAGAAUGUUAAUAGAUGCACAAGCAGAAGCUGCUGAACAAUUGGGAAAGAAUGUUAAGUUAGUGGAGCGUUUGGUGGAAUGGUGUGAAGCCAAAGAUCAUGCUGGUGUGAUGGGGGAGUCAAACAGACUGCUGUCUGCCCUUAUACGACACAGUAAAUCAAAAGAUGUAAUUAAAACCAUUGUGCAGAGUGGUGGCAUCAAGCAUCUAGUUACCAUGGCAACUAGUGAACAUGUAAUAAUGCAGAAUGAAGCCCUUGUUGCUUUGGCAUUAAUAGCAGCUUUAGAAUUGGGCACUGCUGAGAAAGAUCUAGAAAGUGCUAAACUUGUACAGAUUUUACAUAGACUGCUAGCAGAUGAGAGAAGUGCUCCUGAAAUCAAAUAUAAUUCCAUGGUCCUGAUAUGUGCUCUUAUGGGAUCUGAAUGUCUACACAAGGAAGUACAGGAUUUGGCUUUUCUAGAUGUCGUAUCCAAACUUCGCAGUCAUGAGAACAAAAGUGUUGCCCAGCAGGCCUCUCUCACAGAGCAGAGACUUACUGUGGAAAGCUGAGAACUGCCCGAUACAUGGCAUCAUCCCAUCUCUAAUUUCCCCUCUGUCCUCCAUCCAGCGGUUUCUUCCGCUUCAUUCUCUACCAUACCACUUGUGCAUGCAUGUGAUGUUCUAAUACCAAUUGAAGAACCGCUGUAGGUACCUCCCUAAUAAGAUUUCUAAACCUAUAGUUAGUGUGAUCAUGACUUUGUCAAAGGCAAGUCUCCACCCAUAACCGUUCUCUUGUAUUCCUGUUGCUUGAGCUACAUUAAGUAGAAUGUGCAUGUUGUAGUCCUAUGAUGAUGUAAACUUGGUACUACAUAAUGACUUGCUCCACACAUGCAGUAAACUACAUAAUGAUGUACUGGUAAACUAGAAACAAAGAAUGCAGCAGGAUCUGUCUAGCUUAUUAAAGAUGAAACUGAAUUGGAAAAAUAGCUCCAUUUUUUGGUGCUUGGGAAGCACAGUGACCAAAAAAGUUGUAUGGCUGCUUAUUCAUUAGUCUUUCCUACUAAUGUCAAACCCAUGGUACCUAGAGUUAAAUAAAAUUCCAAUGCUCUUACUCUUUAA